AUCAGAUUUUACCCGAGGAGUACUCAAAAAGGUUUAUUACUGUAUAUACUGUGCAUUCAACUUUGAUGAAAUAAAGCGAAACGGAAGCAACAUUAAAUCAUAACAAAAAAAAAAAGAAAAACGAUUUGUUUUUUCUAAAUACAAGUCCACGGUGAGAAAUUAAAUAUAUUCCAAACUAAUAAAAAUGUCCGUGCGACCGAAGUUUGCUGGUACUGGCCUAGAGGAAGUCAAUAUUCCAGGGCAAGCAUAUCUCCGAGAAGCGCUUACAUCAUGCACCGAUCCUCUAAAGGCGAUUGAAAGCUUUCAGCUGGAAAAUGGUGUGCUUUUACCGUCUUUGCGGCCGAUGUUGCCACUUUUGGAUUUGCAUGGUGUGCGGCGUCUGGAUUUUCACACUUCGCUCAUGGAGGAGUUGCGGGAAAAGCUGAUUGCACAUAUUAAUGAGUUGGGGCAAAAGGAUCCGCGUGAGCGUGACAAAAAAUUGAAGGAAUUGUUGGUAAAGAGUUUUCCCGUUGUCAGGGUUAAAGCGCUUAGACCAGUAGUAAUGGCGAUUUUACGAAAUACCCAACAUAUUGAUGACAAAUAUUUGCGAAUUUUAGUACGCGAUCGAGAACUCUAUUCGGAUACAGACACGGAAGUAAAAAGACAGAUUUGGCGCGACAAUCAAUCUCUAUUCGGUGACGAAGUUUCGCCACUUUUAUCACAGUACAUUCGUGAGAAAGAACAUGUCCUAUUCGAUCAUACAAAUUUAAACAAUCUUUUCUUUCACCCAUCGCCAAAGGUGCGGCGACAGGGUGAAGUAGUGCAAAAGUUGGCGAAUAUGAUAGGGCAGAGUGUGAAACUAUACGACAUGGUAUUGCAAUUUUUACGCACCUUGUUCUUACGAACCCGCAAUGUUCAUUAUUGUACUCUUCGUGCCGAGUUGUUGAUGGCACUUCACGAUUUGGAGGUUCAGGAAAUAAUUUCCGUGGAUCCAUGUCAUAAAUUUACUUGGUGCUUGGAUGCUUGCAUUCGCGAGAAGAAUGUUGACAUAAAAAGAUCUCGCGAGCUGCAAGGUUUUUUAGACAACAUAAAACGUGGACAAGAGCAGGUUUUGGGCGAUUUAUCGAUGACGUUAUGCGACCCAUAUGCUAUCAAUUUUUUAGCCACGUCAGCAAUUAAAAUUUUACAACAUUUAAUUAAUAACGAAGGACUGCCUCGCGAUAAUACCAUUCUCAUCUUAUUGCUGCGUAUGCUCGCCUUGGGAUUGAGUGCGUGGGUAAUGAUUGAUUCCCAAGAUUUUAAGGAACCAAAACUUGACUGCCAGGUUGUUACAAAGUUUUUACCUGCGCUAAUGUCACUUAUGGUGGAUGAUCAAUGUCGUAGUUUGCAUUCGAAAUUACCUCCAGACGAGCGUGAAUCUGCACUUUGCACGAUUGAGCACUCGGGGCCUGCACCAGAUGCCGUUGAGGCGUAUAUUCAGGAGAGUUCUGUAGCCAGCAUAUUGGCGAUGUAUUACACUUUGCAUACGGCACGCCUGAAAGAUCGUGUUGGCGUACUGCGCGUUUUAGCAAUAUUGUCUGCUUGCAAGGAUGACCGUGCCUACGAAGAUCCAUUCCUACAUUCACUUAUCGCAUUGCUUAUCCCAAUGGCGGAAGAAUUUUCCACUGAAGAUUUUUGUACUACGCUCUUCGAUGAAUUCCUCUUCGCUGGACUGACACGCGAUAAUGUUACGAGGCAUAUGUUAAAGCUGUUGUGGUAUGUGCACAAUAAAUUGCCUACCGGGAGAUUGGCUACACUCAUGAAGGCUAUUCAACCCACAACUGGCCAUAACGAAACGGUCCACAAACUGUAUGAAACACUCCAGGAACGGAUCGGUGCGACUAUGCACGAAGGUCCAAUACCUGAACAACCAGAAAUAGAUUUUGAUUCACCGCUGAAAAGCGUACCCACUCCUGGUCCUGCGUAUAUGCAGUGAGGUGAUGAAGCGAAAUUAAGACAAAAACAUACAUAAUUUUUUCUUUGUAUUUUUCUUUAUAAAUUAUAAAAUUUUUAUAUUAUGAAUGUAUGUACAUGCAAUAAAAAAAGACUUGUACGCU